AGUUGGAGGCGGUAAUGAACGUUGUUUGAGAACCGCCAACAAAAUUCAACAAGAAGAAGAAGAGCGGCAAGAUGGCGGCGCCCACAACAGUGCAGCAAACGAUGAACCAACUGACAGAUCAUUUUGUAAACUCUGUUUACACAACCAGCCAAGACAGCAAAUCUUCUCCAGCGGAUUCUGUAAAACUACAGGACUAUGUAAUGGAUUUCUUGGAGAAAGAGGUGGGCAGCGACCUGAAGUCGCUGAAGAAUGUUGGCGACCUCCUGGAAAAAAUUAGAGAGGAAAACAACGUCCUGGAGGAGCAGGUUCUCACUGUAUCCAGUUCUGUGCCUCCUAAAGUUUCUGCAGCUCUGUCUGCUGCUGAGGAGGCCCGACGUUCCCUGGAGGACCUGCUGCAGCGAGAGCAAUCUGUGUCCAACAAAUUGAACGAGCACCUACAGGAGGCCCAGCCUUGGAUGGAUAGCCUCGGUGAGACGCUUAAACAAGUCGACAUUAUAGAGAGUCACAUGAAAUACCUACGCUGCCUUCAACAUAUAGAGGAACUCAGCGCUGCAGUACAGCAGUGCCUGAUGACCAGCAGUGUCUGGGAGGCCAUCCGGGCAGUAGACAGCAUGGCUGUGCUGGACGCUGGACUAAACCAGUCUGGGUGUUCUCACCUCCAGGACUUCCUCCGUGAAACACUUCACUUCUGGCACAAGAUCAUCAAAGACCGACUGGCCAGUGAUUUUGAGAAAGUAUUGACUCAACUUCAUUGGCCGAUCAUCUCCCCUCCUACUCAGUCCCUGACACCUGUUGCCAACUGUCAGGAGAUCAACAGCCAGCUGGAGCUGCUUGUCCCACAGCUGCUUGCCCUGCAGACCUCCGAUGACCUCGUGUCCCAGAGGGCUUUGGCCUCCCGUGCACCCUCUACCCAGCCGGUUCCUUCCGCCACACCUGCGUCCCAAGCUCCUCCCCUCUGUCUUCCCAUCCAGAUCUUGCUGACGCCGCUCAGCAGGAGAUUCAAAUACCACUUCUAUGGGAAUCGGCAGACCAACUCCCUCAGCAAGCCAGAGUGGUACCUUACACAGGUUCUGAUGUGGAUGAGUAACAGCUCGACCUUCUUGGAGGAAAAGAUCCAACCUAUACUUGACCGAGCUGGGGCCAACAUCAGUGCCAGGGUGGAGCUGUGUCGAGGCCUGCUGUCUCUAGUCCAGGAGAAGGUGGCCAGCGAUGCCUCCAGGCUGCUGUAUGAUGACAUGCUCUUCUGUCACUUGGUGGAGGAGGUGCUGCAGUUUGAGAAGGAGCUGCGGAGCAACCAGUCCUACCCAGCAGUGCUGCCUGGUCUGCUUCACCUCCUGCUUGAGGACGCAAUCCUUCAGAAGUGGCUGACUGUGGAAAAGAAGAUGGCGGUGGAGAAGAUGGAUGCCAUGCUGUCGGCUGAGGGAGCUUGGAGCUCUCAGUACAAAGAUAUCAGUGAUAUGGAUGAGCUGAAGGCUCCAGAUUGUGCUGAGACGUUCAUGACCCUGCUACAGGUCAUCACUGAGCGGUACCGAGCUUUGCCCUGUCCUUCUGCGCAACUGAAGUUCCUGGGGCUACAGAGAGAACUGGUAGAUGACUUCCGUAUACGACUCACCCAGGUGAUGAAGGAGGAGUCUCGCUGCCCGCUGGGUGCCCGUUAUUGUGCCAUCCUUAAUGCUGUCAACUACAUUUGCACCAUCCUGGGAGACUGGGGAGACAAUGUGUUUUUCCUACAGCUGCAGCAGGCAGCAGUUUCACUUGGUGAGGAAGUUGUACUGGGGGGCCUGGGGGUGAUGGAGGUGGGUCGUCUGGCUUCUCUGGAGGGCUCUCUAUUUGAAGGUCUUUUGGCGUUGCUGGAACGACUUAAAGGAGACAUGAUGGGAAGACUGCUGGAAUGGACCAUCAGAGAAAUCACAGAAAAAGCCAAACCAUACCGCCAAGACAGGUGGCUGUCCCUACCAUCCCAGCACGACCAGUCCGCCAUGUCCCUGUCCAGCUCAGCAUGUCCCAUGAUGCUCUGUGUGAGGGACAGAUUGUUGAACCUUCAUCAGGUCCUGAGUCUUUCUCUGUUCCAGCUGGCCUGGCAGGGCCUGGCGGAGAGACUUGACAACUUUCUUUACCAGGAUGUGAUCCUGUCUAAUCAUUUCAGUGACGGUGGGGCAGCUCAGCUUCAGUUCGACAUGACCAGAAACCUAUUUCCUCUGUUUGGUCACUACUGCAAAAGACCUGAGAACUUCUUUAAGCAUGUGAAGGAGGCCUGUAUCAUCUUGUGUCUCAACGUCGGCUCUGCUAUUCUGCUAAAGAAUCUCCUGAAGGAGUCGGAGGAGGAGACGACAGGUUGGACAGAUGCAGGGGAUCCUUCACCACAGUCUGCACUGAAUGAGUUGGGGGUUUACUGCCUGGCACCCUGUGACGUGUUGAUUCUCCUCAGCCUCAGAGCCUCCUGGCCGGGACAGUAACAGUUCUCCCCGGCAGUAUGUGUUGGGUUGGAGUGUGCAUCAGACCGAGUGCUUGGCAAUUGUUUCUUAUUCCAUUUUUGCCAUUAGUACGACGGAGUAUGAAGGCCCACAUUAGGGGAGGUGGUGAGAUGAAGAUUUUUUAAAUUUAUUUAGCAUUUCGAGAAUAAAAUAAACUCCUUUAGUCCAUCAAAUCCAGUUACAGUGACUGUCCACCAUAACAUCUGCUCUGUAAGCUACAUCAUAGACAUAGGCCUAUAGGUUACAUCCUUGGAGUGUGAAGGCAAGUUUUUUAAGAGGUGCAACUGUAUUCCUAACUGAAAGCAAAAGCUGUCAGUGAUGUAGCCGACAUGACAGCUGGCUGGCAUGGUCACUCUAACGUGAUUUGAUGGCCUAAAGGAGUUGACUUUCUUCUUGAUACGCAAAAUAAAUAUACAAAUUAAAACCUCAAUUUUUUUUCUCUUAAUGAGGCCCUAAUACUUACAUCAUCAUUAGCAUUAGUCUUCUUUGUAAAGAAGACAGGUAACAUUCGUCAGUUUAGUGUUUAAUAAGUUUAUAUUAUUGAGAUGUCAUUGCAUGAACUCGCCGACCUGCAAUGCUCUCGCCUUCAGUUGCCCCGCAACUACUGGUUAAUGGGGUUGUCUUUGUUUUUGUGUGUCACUGUGUGUGUGUGUGUGUGUGUGUGUGUGUGUGUGAGAUAUAACUUAACCAUCAGGGCUAAUUGGUUGAUACUUACAUUUCCCUGAAAGACACACCUGCCCAGUGUGCGCUCAUGAUAUAAAUGAAAGGUGGACUUUUUCUUUAAAACAUAACAAGUUUCUGUUUAUAUUCAGUGUUGCUCACUACAACGCAUGGUGUGUAUCCUUGAGGUCUAGUGGACAUGUUGAUGCACUUCCUUCAUCAUAAAACAUUUGCAAAGCCAAUAAAAAAAAACCCCACGUGUCUGCAUUGUUUGCAUCCAUGUUUGCUUGCUAGCAUUCGACUUCUUCCCUGAUAUGAGAUAUAGAAGGCCCAUGUCCAGAUCUGCAAUACUGGCAGACGAUGUCAGAUUCUCUGACCAGAGCAGAGGUCUCAAAUCUCAAAUUACAAAUGACAGCUAGAUUUACAAUAGAUUAGAUGUAUUUCUUGUAUAAUUCAUUGCCCAUGAAAUGCCAAUGAGUUAGUUAUCCGUGUUUUUGAAGGGAUGAAAGUAAUGCAUUAUGUGACUCUUAUUUUUUUGUAUACUACUUUCAGUAAUCUCACUGCUUUUUUUAAAUCACAAGUUGCAGCCGUUUGAGAGUAAAAACAAAAGUCAAAUGAAAAGUCCCAAUAAAUUGUGUGAGAGAGAUACACACUCUCUGGGAAGCACAUGCUGGAUGUGUACGUUAACUGGCUGAGUGUCAGGGGGGUAACGCACCCAGAAUGUUGCGAGACCAACAGGUGCACGCGGGGUCUGGCUCAGGAAUGUUUAAAUGCUGAAGUGCUCAGUGUGGAUCCUCCAAGUGGCUUCUGCAUUCACAUGCAUUUAAAUCAAAGAAUAGCAUAGGUUUUCUUCCCCAGGCUCUGUGCAUGUUCCCAUGGCGCGUCACGUGACUCUACUGCACAAAAUGGACCAAUCACGUGCUGCCUACUUCGGUUUAGAGGAACAGGUCGUUAUAACAGAGCUAUGAAGAAUAUAUUUUAAAAUAUUACAAAAAAAACACUGUUGCUGCAAAUAAGGCGAGAGAGGAAUGUUAGCUGAAAAGUGUUAGCCGACUCGAUGCCUGUUUAUUUCUAACGUGACAGCUGUACGUCGUAGAGCUCCUAAACUUUAAACUUGAUACAACAUAUUUAAACAUUAUACUAAUGACAGUAAUCCAGUUGUUUUUAAAUGUGCUGCAAAUGAAAUAAAGCUAAUAAACAAGUUGGGUCUGUG